CGUGGUCAGGGACUCGAAAGGCGCAUCACUGAUCUGGAACCCGACUCUAACAUUAUGCGCAUGUGAAAAUGGGGCAAACUGCUCUCAACCAAACAAUCUCAACGGUGAUAAGUUCCUAGUGAUGUCAUGCAAAUGUGAAAGUGGUUACACUGGCAAGUUUUGUGAAAGCGACCUCAACGCCUGUGAUUUCAAUAGUGGACCUUGCUAUCCUGGAGCUAUUUGUACUGAUCAUCCUCCUCCUAGCGGCAAGCAGGGCUAUACAUGCGGGCCUUGUCCCACGGGACACUCGGGCGGUGGUGCCAAUUGCACAGAUAUCGAUGAAUGUCUCGACUCUAUAACGUGUUCACAACUGUGCAUAAAUACUCCGGGCUCAUACUUAUGUCAGUGCAAUGAUGGAUACAUACUCAACAAAGACGGGGAAAAUUGUGAUGACAUCGACGAAUGUCAAAGACCAGGGACAUGCAUGCAAAGAUGUACCAAUUCUCCUGGGAGUUAUAUCUGCACKUGUGACCCYGCCUUCAAGGUGGAUCCAGCCGAUCCAAGCAAAUGUGUUCCGAAGUCUCCGUGUUCUGCAAGCAAUAAUGGCUGCCAGCAUGUCUGUUACAUGGAAAACAAUCAAAAGAAAUGCUCUUGUAAUGAGGGAUACAAACUACAGGACGACGGAAAGAGUUGCAAAGACAUCGAUGAAUGCCUGGAGAAAUCUUGUACUCAGAACUGUGAGAACACCGACGGCGGAUUUAAGUGUAUCUGCAAACAGGGAUAUAAUCUCAAAGGAGACAACUAUACUUGUGAAGAUAUUAACGAAUGUGCUCAAGGCAAUUACAAUUGCAGUGACCCCUUCCAGCAAUGUAUCAAUAUCGACGGUGGAUACAAGUGUGAAUGUGAACAAGGUUCUUACUGGUCUGGUAGCUCUUGCAAAGAAAAUUCUACCACAGCUCCUGGUCCUCAAACUACUGCAAGUCCUGGUUCUCAAACAACUGCAAGUCCUGGUUCUCAUACAACUGCGGGUCCUGGUUCUCAAACAACUGCAAGUCCUGGUUCUCAAACAACUGCAGGUCCUGGAUCUCAAACAACUACAGGUCCUGGUUCUCAAACAACUGCAGGUCCUGGUUCUAAAACAACUGCAAGUCCUGGCUCUCAAACAUCUGCAAGUCCUGGUUCUCAAACAACUGCAAGUCCUGGCUCUCAAACAACUGCAAGUCCUGGUUCUCAAACUACCGCAAGUCCUGGUUCUCAAACAACCACAAGUCCUGGUUCUCAAUCAACUGCAGGUCCUGGUUCUCAAACUACCGCAAGUCCUGGUUCUCAAACAACUGCAAGUCCUGGUUCUCAAACAACUGCAGGUCCUGGUUCUCAAACAACUGCAAAUCCUGGUUCUCAAACAACUGCAGGUCCUAGUUCUCAAAUAACUGCAGGUCCUGGUUCUCAAACCACCGCAGGUCCUGGUUCUCAAUCAACUGCAGGUCCUGGUUCUCAAACUACCGCAAGUCCUGGCUCUCAAACAACUGCAGGUCCUGGUUCUCAAACAACUGCAAGUCCUGGUUCUCAAACAACUGCAAGUCCUGGUUCUCAAACAACUGCAGGUCCUGGUUCUCAAUCAACUGCAGGUCCUGGUUCUCAAACAACUGCAGGUCCUGGUUCUCAAACCACCGCAGGUCCUGGUUCUCAAACCACCGCAGGUCCUGGUUCUCAAACCACCGCAAGUCCUGGUUCUCAAACAACUGCAGGUCCUGGUUCUCAAACAACUGCAAGUCCUGGU